AGACCUAGGGAAAAGGUGGCUUUGAAAAUUUAAGAGGAGUGGUGGUGGCUUAGGUCACCAUCUAUUUUACUUACUUACUUACUUAUUUCCACAAAUUCAUUUCACAUGUACAGGGGACAUGACUGCCUACCCUGGUCCCUGUCUUGAGCAAUCCUGGGAACAGAGCAGUAACCAAGACAACAGGGAGCUUCCAGAUCUGUGGGGGAAAUGGAGUUGUCAUCACACAGUGACAGCCUAGAGUAGUCAGGGCUAGGAUGAGAGAAGCAUAGGCAGAGUGGUUAGAGCUGGGAUAGGGGCUGUGGGGGGCAGUGUCCAGGAGGGAGGAGGCGUGGAGCACGAGUCCUGAAGGAUGCAUAAGAAUUUGCUAGGCCAAGAGGAGAAAGUAUGGUCUGAACAGAGGAAAAGAGCAUGUGCUAAACCUUGGAGACAAGAGAGAAGCUUGAGGAGCUCCUACCUCCUUCCCAGGGAGAUCGAGUUCCCCAUGUUGGAAUCCUGCUCUGAAUUAAAUGGACAAGUGGUUUGCUGCUUUGGGCCUCAGUUUCUUCCUCUGUGAAAAGGUCCCCCCCCACUCUGGCCGGAGCACGCCAAGCAGCUCCCCAUCUCUCCGUAAGCGGCUACAGCUCUUGCCCCCAAGCCGACCCCCGCCUGAGCCAGAACUAGGCACCAUGGUGGAGAAGGGGUCAGAUAGCUCCUCAGAGAAGGGUGGGGUGCCUGGGACACCGAGCACCCAGAGCCUGGGCAGCCGGAACUUCAUUCGCAAUAGCAAGAAGAUGCAGAGCUGGUACAGUAUGCUGAGCCCCACGUAUAAACAGCGGAAUGAGGACUUCCGGAAACUGUUCAGCAAACUCCCUGAAGCCGAACGCCUCAUUGUAGAUUACUCCUGUGCCUUGCAGCGUGAGAUCCUCCUCCAGGGCCGCCUCUAUCUUUCCGAGAACUGGAUCUGUUUUUACAGCAACAUCUUCCGCUGGGAGACAACAAUUUCCAUCCAGUUGAAGGAAGUGACAUGUCUGAAGAAGGAAAAGACAGCCAAGCUGAUCCCCAAUGCCAUCCAGAUCUGCACAGAGAGCGAGAAGCAUUUCUUCACCUCGUUCGGGGCCCGGGACCGCUGCUUCCUGCUCAUUUUCCGCCUCUGGCAGAAUGCACUGCUUGAAAAGACGCUGAGUCCCCGCGAGCUCUGGCACCUGGUGCAUCAGUGCUACGGCUCAGAGCUGGGCCUCACCAGCGAGGAUGAGGACUAUGUCUGCCCCUUGCAGCUGAAUGGUCUGGGGAGCCCCAAGGAAGUAGGAGAUGUGAUUGCCCUAAGUGACAUCACCCCCUCAGGGGCAGCCGACCACAGCCAGGAGCCAAGCCCAGUGGGUUUGCGCCGUGGUUACAUCACCCCCAACCUUUCCCGAGCCAGCAGUGAUGCAGACCAUGGGGCAGAGGAGGACAAAGAGGAGCAGACGGACAGACAGCCAGAUGCCUCUUCCAGCCAGACAGUGACUCCAGUGGCUGAACCCCCAAGCGCAGAGCCCACCCCACCUGAUGGACCCACUUCCUUGGGCCCCUUGAACUUGCUGCCCAGUGAGGAGCUGUUGACGGACACGAGUAACUCCUCCUCAUCCACGGGGGAGGAAGACCUGGCUGCCCUGCUCCCCGACCUCUCCGGCCGCCUCCUCAUCAAUUCCGUCUUCCACGUGGGUGCCGAGCGGCUCCAGCAGAUGCUCUUCUCAGACUCGCCCUUCCUGCAGGGUUUCCUGGAGCAGUGCAAGUUCACAGACGUGACCUUGAGCCCCUGGAGUGGGGACAGCAAGUGCCAUCAGCGCCGAGUGCUGACCUACACCAUUCCCAUCAGCAACCCGUUGGGUCCCAAAAGCGCCUCGGUGGUCGAGACGCAGACUCUGUUCCGGCGCGGCCCACAGGCGGGCGGGUGUGUGGUAGACUCGGAGGUGCUGACGCAGGGCAUCCCUUACCAGGACUACUUUUACACUGCCCACCGCUACUGCAUCCUGGGCCUUGCCCGGAACAAGGCCCGUCUCCGAGUGUCCUCUGAGAUCCGCUACCGGAAGCAGCCCUGGAGCCUCGUGAAGUCUCUCAUUGAGAAGAACUCGUGGAGUGGCAUUGAGGAUUACUUCCACCAUCUGGAGCGGGAGCUUGCCAAGGCCGAGAAGCUAUCCCUGGAGGAAGGCGGGAAGGACGCCCGGGGAUUGCUGUCAGGCCUGCGGAGGCGGAAGCGACCCCUGAGCUGGAGGGGUCACGGUGAUGGGCCCCAGCACCCGGACCCAGACCCCUGCAUCCGGGCUGGCAUGCACACCUCAGGCUCCCUCAGCUCCCGCUUCUCAGAACCAUCCGUGGACCAGGGUCCCGGGACAGGCAUCCCCAGUGCCCUGGUGCUCAUCAGCGUUGUGAUCUGUGUGAGCCUCAUCGUCCUCAUCGCCCUCAACAUCCUCCUUUUUUACCGCCUCUGGUCCCUGGAGAGGACAGCCCACACCUUCGAGUCCUGGCACAGUCUGGCCCUGGCCAAGGACAAGUUCCCCCAGACGGCUGCAGAGUGGGCGGAGGUCCUGGCUCUGCAGAAGCAGUUCCACAGCGUCGAGGUGCACAAGUGGCGGCAGAUCCUGCGGGCCUCGGUAGAGCUCCUGGACGAGAUGAAGUUCUCGCUGGAGAAGCUGCAUCAAGGCAUCACUGUGUCAGACCCCGCCUUCGACUCCCAGCCACGGUCCGACGACAGCUUCUCCUGAGGACACCCGGUCACACAGUCACUCCCCCAAAUGGACAGAUGGACACAGAACCUCGGUGACCACUGCUGGCACGGUGUGAGCACCAGGAACCUCCUGCCCACCCAUCCCAGUGGCCCCGCUAGGGGCCAUGCAGACAUGGGGACCACAGAACCGAGAUGCACUUUAGACCAGCGUGUGCGAGUCCAGCUGCCUUUGCCUGCCCAGCCAGGGAGCUGGCCUGGUCUUUGGCAGGCCCCCUGCUAACUUAUUUUGCCCUGCCGGGGUUGUGGGGGCACCUCCUGGGGUGCAUGAUUCCCUCAGCUCUGGGUUUAAUGUAUUUAUUUGGACUGACAGAGUCCUAAUAAAGGGUUGGAAAUGGC